UCGUCCUUCUCCUCAUCCUCGAUAACCUCCAUCAUGUCGGGCGGCUUACACUCGCUCGCGACGAUCAUCAAGCGGUUGGAAGCCGCAACGUCGCGCCUCGAGGACCUCGCCGUCGCCCAGGCCUCCUCCACUGUCGCCCGUUCGUCCGAUGAGUUCCGCGACGAGCCUAACCCGAACGCACCCCCGGCGCCAGUACCGCCCCCGCACUCCUCUCAGCCUCAGGCUGCCGUGGCGCCCGCGCCGGACCCGCCCGCGGUCGCCGCGUACGACGAGCAGGUUCUCGACGCGCACGUCCAGCCCUUCGCCCGCCUUACGCGCGAGUACUUCCCUGGUUCGCCCCUUGCGGAGCAGGCCGACCUCGUCGAGGCGCUCUUCCGCGAGCUCCGGGGCCUGAUCGCGCUUGCGGCAGCGUGCCAGCGCCCGGCAGACGCGGCCACGCUCCAACCGCUCCUGCGCCCGCUUGCGGAGAGCAUGCAGGCUGUCGAGCACGUCAAGGAGGCCAACUUCAAGAAUCGCGAGUUCGCGUUGCACUUCACAGUGCUCUCUGACGGGACGCAGGCGAUGCAAUGGGUCAUGGAGACGAAGCCUGCGCCGUAUAUCCAAGAGAUGAUCAACGCGUCCAAGUACUCCGGCGACAAAAUCUUGCGCGAGCACAAGGACAAGGAACCUAAGCACGGCGAGUGGGUGCGUGCGUUCUUUGCGUCGCUUGAUGCACUGCGGAAAUACGUGGCCGAGCAUCACACCACCGGGCUCAGCUGGAAUCCCAAGGGCAUACUUGUGAACCAGUAUAAGGCACCCUCCUCCGCCUCCGCCUCUUCCGCAUCAGGUGCUCCAGCCCCGCCUCCACCACCUCCACCUCCUGGCCCUCCUCCACCACCGGCCCCGCCAGCACCCUCGACCUCAUCCGCGCCCGCCCCCGCGGGUGGCAUCGGUGCCGUCUUCGCCGACCUCAAUCGCGGCGAGGAGGUCACCAAGGGCCUGCGCAAGGUCGACAAGUCGGAAAUGACGCACAAGAACCCGGCGCUGCGGGCGGUAUCGACCGUGCCCGCCGAGGUCGCUCCAGCCCCCGGCAAGCGACCGCCGCUGCCGAAGAAGCCGACCAAGCCUGCGAGCCUGCAGGGCAAGAAGCCGGCCAAGCUCGCGCUCGAGGGGAACAAGUGGAUGAUCGAAUACCAGGAGAAUGAGCACGGGCUGACGGUCGAGGAUACCGAGAGGUCGCAGACGGUCAACCUCUUCGGGUGCAAGAACGCGACGGUCGUGAUCAAGGGCAAAUGUAAUGCCGUCACGCUCGUCCAAUGCACCAAGACGAGCGUGCUCGUCGACUCGGUCAUCUCCUCCAUCUCGGUCACCUCCUCGCCCUCCUUCACGCUCCAGAUCACGGGCUCCGCGCCGACGAUCCAGCUCGACUCGACCGACUCUGGCCAGAUCUACCUCUCCAAGGCGUGCGCGGACACGAUCGAGAUUUUCAGCGCGAAGUGCAGCGCGAUCAACGUGAGCUUGCCGGUUGAGGGCGAGGAGGAGGGCGUGUUUGAGGAGCGGGCGAUGCCCGAGAUGUUGCGCACGGUAGUGCAGAAGGGCCAGCUGGUGACGAGCAUCGUAGAGCACGCGGGGUAGGGGUUUUCUAUGUUCGAGAUGGGUACGAGAGAUCCGAACCGGUGGACACAUGAGGUGUUGAAUUUACAUGGAACUAUUGGGAGACAUGUGCAUCGAACGGAAUAUAUAUCCAACCCAGAUUC